GUGUAAUAUAAUAAAUAUAAGCAAUAUCGAGCAUUAUUGAAACCAUUUUUGAUACGGCCGAACAUAAAGAGAUCAUAAUGAUAAUUUUUUCUUAUUCAAUUUUUAUCCUUUUCAUUCCUAUUGCGUUAACCUUCAAUUCGUGUAAACAGCAUAAAACUUGCAAUGAAUGUAUUAGAGACGCCAGCCUGUGUUCAUGGUGUUCUUCGGAAAAUUUCAAUGGCAGUAACAGAUGCGUAUCGGGAAAAGAAAAUCUGGAUAGUUGGUGUCUAUCCGAUCGUAUAAUAAAUCCACGACAUAACGUAACUCAAAUCGAAAACCUUGAUUUUAAUUCUGAAAUCGGUAAAGUUAUACAAAUAAAACCACAGAAAAUUAAUAUUGAUAUAAGACCCGGUGAAACGGUUAAUUUUUCAUUUUCAUUUAAAAAAGCCGAUAAUUAUCCUGUCGAUCUAUAUUUCCUUUUCGAUGGAUCUUCGUCCAUGGAACAGAUUAAGAACAAAACUGCCAGUAAAAGUGAAGAUAUAUACCGUAUGAUGCAGAAUAUGACCAAUAAUGUGCUUUUAGGAAUGGGAACUUUUGUGGAUAAAAACGCACUGCCAUAUACACAAUUUAAAAAUAGUACACUGACUUACUCAUUUCGUAAUAGGCUAAAACUGACUAAAAAUUUUGAGGUUUUUAAAAAUAUAGUUAAGGACUCUGCUUUUGGAUCAAACUAUGAUGUACAAGAAGGUACACUAGAUGCCCUUGCGCAAGUCAUAGUUUGUAAAGAUGAAAUAGGAUGGCGAAACGAAUCUAGAAAGAUAGUAGUAGUUUUAACCGAUCAGUCUUAUCAUGCAGCAGGUGACGGCAAAUGGGCAGGUAUCUUUCAACCUUACGAUGGUAAAUGCUACACAGUAAACGGCAUAUACACAAAGGAGUUGGAAAUGGACUAUCCCUCCAUUGGCAUUAUAAAUAAACUAGCAUCUGAAGAUGAGAUUACAAUAAUAUUUGCCGUCGGAAAUGAUGUACAAAAUAUCUAUCAAUCGUUAAGUCAAAGAAUAAGUGGUUCUAAAAUGACUACUUAUAAGGGAAGAGAAAUGGCUGUAAUAUUAAAAUCAAUCUACAAGCAAAUGACGCGCAGUUUAAAGUUAAAAGUGCACAUGAAAAGCGAAUACCGUGAUGAUUUACAAAUUUCAUUUAAUCCUGAUUGCUACAAAAAUAGUGGAAAUCGUAAUUGUCGAGUAAUGGGAAACGAAGAAAAGAAAAUUACCGGCACCAUCAAACUCUUACGAUACUUUAACAAAGAGAAUAUUAAUGUAGAUGUAGUGUUUGAAGGGAUAAAAGAGAAUUUGAAUAUAAACAUUAAUAUGUUGAGCUCUUGCGAUUGCGAGACAAAACAUAAUUCAUCGCUUUGUAAUUAUGGCGGGACACGACGAUGUGGUAUUUGUGAAUGCUACCAGGAUAGAUAUGGUGAAAAGUGUAGCAAUCCGAAUGACAAUUCAACCUGUAUAGCUCCUGAUGAUACGGUGAUAUGUAGCGGUCACGGCUCUUGUAUCCGUGGAAAAUGUUUGUGUAGAGACGGAUACGAACGUGAAUACUGUGAAUGCAUCCGGGAUAGCUGUUUGAGAGACGCUAAUGAUAUUAUGUGUUCUUACCCCAAUGGCAAAUGCGACUGUGGUGUGUGCAAAUGUAGCCCAGGCUGGGUGGGUGACGUGUGUGCUUGUCCAAACGCAACAGACUGUACGGAUGGAAAUGACAUAUGCAACAAUCAUGGAAAAUGCGAUUGUGGCAACUGUCAGUGUCAGGACAUUGCCGACUGGGAUGCUAGAACUGUAAUCAGCAAAUAUUGUAAAAUUUCCUGUGGCGAAAAAUCUUGCCACGAUCGUCAAUGUCUUAACCUUGAACCACUUGCUUUGUGCUAUUUAAAGGAAUCGUCUUGCAAGAGCUAUGAAAAUGUUAUGAUUAGUACUGAAAAAAAUCUAACGGCAUACAAUGCCAGUAAUGAUUGGAACCUAUGUCCCAAGCUACGUAUCGAUGUCGGCUGUUACACGAGAUUUAUAUAUCGCUAUAGCAAAGAUAAAUACGAACUCGAGCUAAAAAUUCAAUCAGAAUUCGAUUACGCCGAGACAUAUUAUGUAAUUGGAGGGACAUGUCUAGCGUUGCUAAUUCUCAUUGGGUUGGCAACCAUAUUAGCUUUGAAGUACCUCACCGACAAGCGCGAUCGACGGGAAUAUGACCGUUUCGUUCAAGAAGCAGCUGCUCAGCUGUCACCGUGUGACAAUCCUAUUUACCAGUCAGCUGUAACGAAGUUCAAUAAUCCAGCGUUUAGAAAGAGAUCAAUCGUGUCAUAAUUUUAAGAUUUUAAAAUUUUCCACUAAACGGUCGGUAGUAGCUUGCAGCUCAACUUGUAUUGAUUUUAAGAUUUUAAUUUAAAUAUUCCUAUUGCAACAAAUAUUUAACUGUCUAUCUGUUCAUUAUGCUAAGUUUAUAUUACUGACUUCAAGAGUAUUUAUUGAAUGGAAUAAAAUAGUAAAUAAACAAUAUAUUUCAAAGUCAGUCAUAUAAAAAUGGUAGAAUUUAAUUUGCCAUUUCCACUAUAUUGCAAAUUCAGCUAUAAAAAUAAUAUAAUAAUUACAUAAAAAUAGCACUUUAGCAUAUCGAAAUAUAAUUGCUAAAAUAUUGUAACAGGCGUUAUUAUUAAACUGCGGUAAUAGGAAUUAACGUUGCAAUCAAUUUUAUAAUACUUUUUACUCUCAUUGGCUGAGUAUGUAGAAAUCCUUAUCCGUAUCACCGAGGGGGUGAAAUUACUAAAUUAUUCUAUUGUCAAUUUUGUUAGCUUCUUAUAUAAAGACCAUGAGAUAGUGAGAGAAAAGACCAAGUUUUUUGUUACAAGUAUGGCCAUUUGUGGUUGAAUUUAAAAAAGUAUUAAAACGAAAAUAAUUAUCACAGCGCUGGUUGGCAGAGCUUAAUCGUUGGAUGAUUAAUCAAAAUUGGCGGAUAAAUUGCGAUGUCAAACAAUUUGCAUAGAUAUAUCUAAAUUUAUUAAAAAAGCGAAUUGCCAUACUAAUCUGAUGCUUUAUAACAUGUUAAUUUUUUAUUACUUCUUAAAUAUUUGAUGUAAUCUAAGCGUCAAAAGGCCAAAAUGCAUACUGACGGACACAAAGCUAUUAAAUUGCGCUAUUGUAUAUUUUGUAUUUAUAUAAAAAAUAGUAUGACAAAAUUAUAAAAUAAGUUUCGUCAAUUCAUAUUAAGGUUAUUUAUAUUUUAUUAUCCUAAUACUAAAAUAACAUUUUUUUUAUAUCUUUAUUAGAUACAGUCAUAAGUACUAUUGGUAGAGCUUUGUGCAAGCUCGUCUGGAUAGGUACCACCCACUCAUCAGAUAUUCUACCGCAAAACAGCAGUACUUGGUAUUUUUGUGUUCCGGUUUGAAGGGUGAAAGAGCCAGUGUAAUUACAGGCACAAGGGACAACACAUCUUAGUUCCCAAGGUUGGUGGCGCAUGGGUGAUGUAAGCGAUGGUUAACAUUUCUUACCCAUAUGGGCUCGUCUGCCUUCCUAUUCUAUAAAAAAAAAAAAGAUUAGAGACGUUAGUUUGUUAUUAAAACAAGAGCUUCACUAGAUAUACAGUAUUUGUUAAAUUUAAAAUCCACAUAGACUCAGCCGCUUUAAGAUAUUUAAAUAAUCUAAACAUUAA